AUGAAUUCCAGCCUGGGAGGAGUGGAUGCUACACAGAGCUACCAUGGAUAUAAUUAUACCAAUGACUCAUAUAAGAAUCCAGGAGAUUUGGAUUUAGGAGGGAUUGCUUUGAUGGGGCUUACUUUAAUUACCUGCUAUGUUGGCUUGGUGGGCAAUGGCUACAUCAUCUGGCUACUUGGCUUCCAGAUUAAGAGAAACUGUUUCACCACAUUCAUCCUUAACUUGGCUGUUGCAGACUUUGGGUACCUCGUACUUAUAUUUAUAUAUUAUAUUUAUUCAUUUUUUGCCAAUUUUGAAGAAAACAAAAUUUUCCACCACUUCUGUUCCUAUUUUGUCCAAGUGAUGUACGUCAAUGCAAACUUUCUUCUGACAGCCAUCAGCAUCGACCGUUGUGUGGCUGUUCUCUUCCCAAUCUGGCAUCACUGUUCCCGGCCAAAGCAUUUGACCUCCAGCGUCUGUCUUGUCCUUUUCAAUAAUAUGAUAAAUCUGCUUUUGGGUACUAUACUGCUUUCUUGCUUAAAUAGCAGUAUUAACCCAGUGAUCUACUUUCUAGUUGGGAGAAAAGGAGGAGCUCAGUUCAAGGUGAACCUGAAGGCCAUUUUGCAAAACGCCUUCAAAGAAAGUGAAGCCACUGGAGGGAGAUAG